AUGGGUUUAUCUGAUGAUAUGUGGAAAAGACUUGAUUUGGUAGUAAAAAAUUGGACCUACGACACUGUCUCUACCGAUUUGCUCGAAACUAUCCUUUGCAAAGGGGAUACAGCUCAACAAAACUGGAAUAAACUCCAGGAAAUUUUACAGGAUAACAAAUUUCAUUGGGCGGUUUAUCUUGAAAAUCAGUUCAAUUCCUUGCAUUUAUCUCACUUCCCAGAUAUUUCUUCUUAUUGUCGGCAAUUUAAGAAUUUGAAGGAUCAAUCGGCCAAUGUUGAUCAACCGGUGUCGGAACAAAAAUUGGUAAUUCGUUUAGUCUCGGGACUUACUAAUACUGAUUUUGAUACAGUGGCUGUGAUGAUACAAUAG